AAGCAUCUUGGGAGGGAGCCCUGCAGCAGGGGCCCUGGCCAGAGACUUCCUCCCAUCGUGCGCCCCAAUUCCAAUCUUGAAUUUGGGGGGGCCCCAUGGGGAAGUUCAGGCCCACGUUCCUAACUUGGAAGAGUUAGAGGGUUCGAUCGAGGCUGCCGGAUCCCAGUCUAGUUUUUGUUUGUAGUGGGGUCCCGAGGCUUGGAAACAGCAUGACGACGGAGACCUUUGUGAAGGAUAUCAAGCCUGGCCUCAAAAACCUGAACCUCAUCUUCAUUGUACUGGAAACAGGCCGAGUGACCAAGACGAAGGACGGCCACGAGGUUCGCACCUGCAAAGUGGCUGACAAAACGGGCAGCAUCAACAUCUCUGUCUGGGAUGACGUGGGAAACCUGAUUCAGCCUGGGGACAUUAUUCGACUUACCAAAGGGUAUGCUUCCGUGUUCAAAGGUUGUCUCACAUUGUACACUGGUCGUGGGGGUGAUCUUCAGAAAAUUGGAGAAUUCUGUAUGGUUUAUUCUGAGGUUCCGAACUUCAGUGAGCCAAACCCAGAGUAUAGCACUCAGCAGGCGCCCAACAAGACGGUGCAGAAUGACAACAGCCCUACAGCCCUCCCACCUACCUCUGGAACCCCAGCUGCUACUUCAGCCUCUGAAAACCAGAACGGAAAUGGACUGAGUACCCCAGCAGCCCCUGGCGGCAGUGGUCCACACCCCCCUCACGCACCCUCACACCCGCCCAGCACCCGAAUUACCCGAAGCCAACCCAACCACACACCUGCUGGCCCUCCUGGCCCCUCCAGUAACCCUGUCAGUAACGGCAAAGAAACCCGGAGGAGCAGCAAGAGAUAGCGAGAGAGCCUUCCUCGAUUCCUGCUGUCAGAGGCUGGUCGGUGAGCCAGAACCCUGGUUUUUGGGCACCAGGCAGCCUUCUGUGUGGACAUCACGCUGCGAGAGGGACAGGAACUCCAUAAACUUCCCCCCAGAGGGGUGCUGGGCUAUAGUCAGUCCCCCUCUACUGGCUGAAGUGGCCUGUCUAGGGAACUCAGUGUCCUCUGUCUGCCUGCUCUCUUUACAAAUGAAUUAGUUUCUUGUAUGUAUGAUGUGAAAAGACUAGUUGAAUCCCUUCUUCCUAAUAAACGUUCACCACUCCGGA